GUCAGCGCCGCCUCCGGUCCUCACGGCUCGCGCGCCAGCGAAGAGCCCGCACGCACCGAGGGAGUGUUUCCUUUCUGAACUUAUAAAUCAGUUACCGAAUGAUGCAUUUUCACGCUCACUGCAGGUGACCUGCAUCAAACCAGCUAACAAGUUACAAAUGUCCCAUCCUGCAUCAAAGAAGUGCUCUAUUGAUGAAUAUCCAGUAGAAAACAACUACAGUAGGUCAGGACUGUGACUCGGCUCAUGAUGUCGGACUCUGACUACCAGAGGUUGAUACAGUUUAACAAGACCUUCCACCACUGCUAUGUGGAUCCCUCCUGCAAUCACAUGCAGCUUAUAUACCACAACGUGACUGAAGUCGACAACCUGAAUCUCCCUGGAGAUGGUUCUCCAUUCCUCCGCACCACCAUUUCCCUGGUGUACUGUGCCGUUUGUGCAAUGGGCCUUGUGGGUAACGCCCUGGUGCUGUUCCUCCUCCACUCCAGUAGGAGCACCAGCAAGACCACCAUCAACUUCUUUGUCUUCAACCUGGCUGUCACUGACCUCCUCCUUUCUAUGGUCUUGCCAUUCUGGGCGACAGAUGUAGCUCUGGACUACAGCUGGCCGUUCGGCUGGUGCAUGUGCAAGGUGGUGUCAUUCUUAACCUCGCUGAAUGUCUACGCCAGCGUCUUCUUCCUGACCGCCAUGAGUGUAACGCGCUGCUGCUCAGUGGCCACUGCCCUCAAACCAGUCAAACCAGUAUGCCAGAGGAUGUGCACAGUGAGGCUGAUGACAAGCCUGAUCUGGUUGGGGGCGCUGCUGUCAGCGACCCCCAGUGCCGUGUUUGCAGAAGUAUCUGCAGUGGGGGUGGACCAGGCCUGUCUCCUCCGCUUUCCUCAGGGCACUUUCUGGUUGGCCGUUCACCAACUACAGAGAGUAGUGCUGGGUUUUCUGAUCCCAUACAUAGUAAUCGCUCUCUCCUACAUCCUCCUUCUGCGUUUCCUUUGCAAACAGCCUCUCACUGGCGCUAACCACCUUCGGCAAGCCAAAGUGUCUCGGUCAGUCGUGGUGGUGGUCUUGUCAUUCUGCACCUGCUGGUUCCCUAACAACAUCAUCACUUCCUGGGGUGUCCUGAUCAAGCUGGACCUUGUGGAGUUGAGUAAAUCCUACUACUUAACUCACACCUACAUCUUUCCUCUGGCCACCUGUCUGGCUCACAUCAACAGCUGCCUGAACCCAGUCAUCUACUGCUUGAUGAGGAAGGAGUACCGCAAGGGGCUUAGCCACCUCCUCUGGAAGUCCAGCUUCUCAACUUUCUCCAAGGCCUGUCUUUCGGCUGUAAGAUACAGUCAUGUCAAGGUCCAGGAGGACAAUUUUGCAGCCCCAUGCAACACAGUGGAGAGCCAGACUGCUACAUCAUACUCCAAGAAGCUUGCACAAGCCUGCAUGACACUCUCCAUCGCCCACGGCCAAAAAAGCUCUUCCCCACUGGACAACUCAUAAGCUUCCUUUCUGACAAAGCAAGUUUAUUGUACUGUGUUAGUUUGAUGCUUUAAAAUAUAUGCACAUCAUAUACACAUUAUUUCAUGCAAUGUCCAAACCAAUAAUAAAUCAAUAAAAUUUAAAAUUUUCGAAA